UUUGAUAUGGACCGAAUUGUCCGAACCGGGGGCACAGUCGGCGAAGGCGGUCUUAUGAAAAAUCAGAAUUCCGAUCAAAAGCCAGUGCCUAACGUCAAAGUGAUGUUUCAGUUUUAGACAUUUUUAAAUUCCACUGGAUUCGAUUCUGCUUGUAGAAACGAGAAACGAAACUCAGAGCGGCUGAGAGAAAUAGUAGAAACAAAAAAAAAAAAACCCUAAUUACGAAAUCGUUUCAAUGGGGAAGAAGCAGCACAGCAAAGACCGUAUGUUCAUAACGAAAACGGAGUGGGCCAACGAUUGGGGCGGCGCCAAAUCCAAAGAGUCCCGCACCCGCUUCAAACGCCUCCCCUUCUAUUGCUGCGGUCUCACGUUUACGCCUUUCGAAGACCCCGUGUGCACUGCCGAUGGCAGCGUCUUCGAUAUCAUGCAUAUAGUCCCCUACAUUAGAAAGUUUGGGAAGAAUCCUGUAACCGGAGCUCCGCUUAAGCAAGAGGAACUUAUUCCAUUAACUUUCCAUAAGAACUCCGAUGGAGAGUUUCAAUGCCCUGUGUUGAAUAAGGUUUUUACUGAAUUUACACACAUAGUUGCCGUGAAGACUACAGGAAAUGUGUUCUCUUAUGAGGCAAUUAAAGAAUUGAACAUCAAGACCAAGAACUGGAAGGAGCUCCUUACUGAUGAACCAUUUACUAAAGAAGACCUUAUAACAAUUCAGAAUCCUAAUGCAUUAGACAGCAAGGUUCUCCUGGAUUUUGAUCAUGUUAAAAACAGUUUGAAAAUUGAUGAUGAAGAACUAAAUAAAAUGAGCUCAGAUCCAACUUAUAAUAUAAAUGUUACUGGGGAUAUCAAGCAGAUGCUGGAGGAGCUUGGAACUGAAAAGGGAAAGCAAGCUGCACUGCUUGGGGGAGGUGGCAGCAAGGCACAAAAUGAAAGGGCUGCUGCACUUGCUGCAAUUUUAGCUGCAAGGUCAAACAUUAAAGAAGAUUCUAAAUCAGAUUCAAAUGGGGAGGUUAGGCCUCAGGCUUACAGUAUUGUAGAUGCUGCAUCUGCUUCAGUACAUGGAAGAAGUGCCGCUGCUGCAAAAUCUACAUCAAGUGAUAAAACUGCUGCUCGGAUAGCUAUGCACAUGGCUGGUGAGAGGGCACCUGUGAAUGCAAAGAUGGUGAAGAGCCGUUUUACUACAGGUGCUGCUUCACGAUCCUUCACUUCUACCUCUUUUGAUCCCAUCACCAAAAAUGAAUUUGAAUAUAUCAAAGUUGAGAAAAAUCCAAAGAAGAAAGGAUAUGUUCAGCUGCAUACAACACAUGGUGAUUUGAAUAUUGAGCUGCACUGUGAUAUUACUCCCAGGGCAUGUGAGAACUUCAUCACUCUCUGUGAACGUGGCUAUUAUAAUGGAGUAGCUUUUCAUAGAAACAUUCGGAAUUUUAUGAUUCAAGGUGGUGAUCCUACUGGUACGGGAAAAGGAGGUGAAUCUAUAUGGGGAAAGCCUUUUAAAGAUGAAGUGAACUCCAAGUUGCUUCACGCUGGAAGGGGUGUUGUUAGUAUGGCAAACAGUGGCCCCCACACAAAUGGUUCCCAGUUUUUCAUCCUUUACAAGUCUGCAAAUCAUUUAAACUUUAAACAUACAGUUUUUGGUGGAGUUGUUGGUGGGUUGACUACUCUAGCAACAAUGGAAAAGGUUCCGGUUGAUGAUGAUGACCGACCUCUGGAGGAGAUUAAGAUUACUGGUGUAACAGUAUUCGUCAAUCCUUACUCAGAACCCGAUGAAGAAGAAGAGGAAGAGAAGGCUAAAGAUGAGAAGAAUGUUGAGGAUGAAGAAAAUGAAAAAAUUGGGUCGUGGUAUAGCAAUCCAGGUACGGGAACAACGAAUUCUGGAGCUGGUUGUGGUGGUGUUGGAAAGUACUUAAAAUCAAGAAAUGCUCAAGCUGAAUCUGUUGCUGUUGACACUAGUGUAACAGCAAUUUCUGUAGCAAAGAAAAGGAAGUUGGGAGCCUCAACAGCAGAAUUCAAAGAUUUUUCUGCUUGGUAAUAAUUCCCAAUCUUGUACCAUAUGUAAAAAAGAAAAAACAAAAGGCUCUGGAGGUUUGGUCAUUGGUGUAGGCCAGCUUUAUGACAGUUCUUUUUGAGGUCACAAAAGUGAAGACAGACAGAAAGGGGACAGCACUGCACUUGAAUUUUUUUUUAGGCUGUAUGUAACAAUGAGAUGCAUGCAAUCAGAAAUAUUUUUUUAGCUCUCUUUAGAUUAAAAUGCAGAUUUUGUCAAAAAAGUGAUCUCUCUCUCUCCUGUGAGUCACUAGUAGGUAGCUGCCUUUAACUGUUGAUGUUUACGAUCUGAUGUUGAAGCAUCAUAAACUCAUUAUUGGCGUCCGACAUCUUAUUGUUUUAAAUUUAUAUCUUCAGAAUUCUAAUCA